AUGGUCGCUGUCCCUCCCCACAUCUUGCGUGCGAUUGCACAAAGCAAGGCUGCAGAGCACAUUUGCCGAUCGGCACAGAUCACUCUCGAACACACUGAGCGAAUCUUGCAAGCCAGGGUAGAGAUUGCAACUAACAUGCUGCAGCGUCAAUCCUUCCUGACCAGGGAGUCCGUAUCUCAUCAACAACACAUAAUCCCUCCUCAAAUACUGCGCAACAUUGCAGAGUCGGACGCCGACGAGGGCACUCGCGACAAGGCUAGAGAAAGCCUAAGUCAUCUAGAGAGCAUCAUCGGUAAGGUCAAAGGUUCCCAGCCCGAACCUCAGGCCGAGUCUCAACGAGUGCUGGAGGCUUCAGACCAUGAUUCGACAAAGCCAUCACCCAAGGAUCCUCCUUACCGUGCCAUUUACGACAUCCAUGAAAGCUCAAACGAAGAAAAGCUUCCCGGCAAGCUUAUUCGUGACAACAAGAAUGAAGCCGACAAGUCAAAAGACAAAUCAGUCAACCUGGCAUUUGACAAUGUCGGUGUUAAGUGGCUUUCCAUUGACAACAAAGACAUGGAUGUAAUCAGCACUGUCCACUUUGGAAAACAGUACGAAAAUGCUUUUUGGGACCCAGAAAAGCUUCAGAUGGUCUUUGGAGAUGGCGGCGAGUUCCUCAACAACUUUGUUGGAUGUAUUGACGUUAUCGGGCAUGAGCUCACUCAUGCCGUCACGACAAAUACAAGCCCUCUCGAUUACUAUGGCCAGGCAGGUGCUCUGAACGAGCACAUCUCAGAUGUCUUUGGCAUCAUGGUCAAGCAAGACGUCCAGGAUGAAAAAUCCCCAGUCGCAGAUUGGCUCAUUGGCGAAGACUGUAUUCUUCCUGGUGUCAAGGGAACUGCGCUACGAAGCAUGAAGGAGCCCGGAACAGCCUACGACGACCCUAUUUUCGGCAAGGAUCCGCAGGUGGCUCACAUGAAGCAAUUCAAGACGACAUUCGAGGACAACGGAGGAGUGCACAUCUUUUCAGGAAUCCCGAAUCGAGCCUUUUAUCUUGCGUCCAACGCAUUUGGCGGUUACUCUUGGGAGAAGGCUGGCAAGAUCUGGUGGGCAGCCAUGAGGUCAGGCAAGAUAAAGCCCCGGUGUACGUUCAAAGAGUUUGCCGAUGUGACGAUGGAUUGCGCAAAGGAGCUCUUUGAUGAUAAGACGGCUAAGGUAAUCAAGAAGGCGUGGGCAGAUGUUGGAGUUCUCGACGAUGUUGGCACUGAGUCAACCCCAGGUAACUGGUGUGGUGUUUUGUAGACUUGUAGGCCUCUCGAGUAGAUCAGAUCAG